AUGCAAAAAGCCGAAGAAGACGAAGAAGAAGAGGAAAAAGAAGAAGAAGAAGAAGAAGAAGAGGCAAAGGGACAGCAGGGAGACAAGACAAGAAAGAUGACUACCUGCUAUGCGCAUGUCCAGUCUCGGGCGGGAGAGGAAGAGGCAGCUGCUCUCCCCCAGACGCUUCUCUGUUCCUCGAGAGAACCUGCUUUACUUACUUACCUUACGGUUCAUCCGUUAUCUCAACCUGGUAGUUUACGAGUUAAAAAGCAUGUGCUUUUCCACUUUAUCUGCCCCCCGCCCCCCACCAUUACUCCGUAG